AAUUUCUUGGGCCUUUUUUGAUGUGCUUUUGUCAUAAUAGUAAGGCACCAAGACAAAGUCACAUUCGUAACACAAGGUCUAUCACAUCAACUAAGAUUCCGUUGUAAUUUUUUCUGAGAUUCUGAAGGCGUGGCACCUGAUGUGUGUAGUGGGAACCAUCACUGGGUUUGGAGUCCUGCUGAUCGUGGCCAAGACAAUUGCCCAGCACUGACAUCUCCUCAGCUGGUGGAUGAAUAGUGAGCACUCCCCAGGACUCACUAGUUCCUCAGUUCUGGAGGAGUACAGUGUGUGGCAGUGCUACGAGUCAGGCUCCAUCCCGUUUGUCCUGGACCUCCUCAUCUUUGUCUACCUCGGUCUCCUCCAGCUGGUCGGCAUCAUCCUCGCCUUCCAGACCCGCAAAGUCAGGAUCCCCAUUCUGAACGACUCCAAGUCCGUCACGGCUCUCAUAUACAUCUCCAGUAUAGUACUGGUGGUGAUAGUGCUCAUCACCUUCAUUCUGAGGGGCUACAUCAACAUCUGUGCUGCUAUAUUCUCGGGCGGGGUCAUCCUACUCGCCACUUUCUUUCUCGUCCUCAGUUUCAUUCCAAAGGCCUGAACCUCUCACCGCGACCCGACGGGAGACCAGAUAUUCAGUGAGAUGCACCCCACACGACAGUCGCAGCGCUCACAGCUCAAAGAUCACCAAAACAGCAUGUGCGGCCAGCAUGGCUGAGUUGAAAGAUGAAGAGAAGGUUGUCCUUCUCAACUCUCACCUGGCCAACCUCAAUGAGACUCUGAAAGACGAAGAGCAGCGAAUAGCAGAGCUCGAAUCCAUCCUCAAAUCCUCUCUACUUAGCUGUAAAAUAACUACCGAAGCUGCCGGCGUAUAUGGACCAAUGCUGAGCCGAUGCACUUUUCUAUUGCUGCCAAUGUUUCUCUUAGUGUUUUAGAGCAUAAUAGUAAUUAUAUACACUCCUAAGAUCCUAAGUUUAUUAAUGCUUGAAGCAUCCACUAGCAACAUGUGUGUCAAUUUUCCAUCCACCUCCUACAUAUUGUUAUACAAGACACUUUUUAUUGAAACGAGAUGAGCAUGUCAAAAUGAAGUGGUCUUGAUAAUCCACAGACUCCUAGCACUUCUGAGUCACGCAUGUUUGCCACCUAUAGUGUUUUUGAUUUGGCAUGAAUUGUAAUAACAACCCGCCC